UACGAGAAACUGGUUCGCUAUUGCUAAAAUUAUUUCUUUAACUAUUUAUUAAUCAAUGAAGUAUUUACCGAAGUCUUAAAUAUAUGAGCUCAUUGCUAUGUGUAUGUGCCAGUUGUAAACACCUGAUAAUUGAUCAAAAUGUUGCCCGGUAUUGGUGUCUUCGGGACAGGAUCUGUGGCCAAAGUGUUGGUGCCGUUCUUGAGGGAAAAAGGAUUCCCAAUUGAGGCAAUAUGGGGUGUGACUCUACAGGAAGCUGAAAACACUGCAAAGGAGCUCAAAAUACCAUUCUUCACUAACAAAAUAGACGACGUUUUGUUAAAGAAAAACGUAAAUCUCGUAUUCAUUGUAUGUGCGCCAAAUUUACACGCACAAAUAUCUGUAAAAGCUCUCGGUAUUGGUAAACAUGUUGUGUGCGAUAAGCCCGCGGGACUAUGCCAGGCGGAGGCAUUGAAAAUGGUGCGAGCCGCUCAGUACUAUCCAACCCUCAUAUCAAUAAUUAAUCAUUCUCUUCGGUUUCUGCCUGCGUUUAGCCACAUGCGAAAAUGUAUUCUUGACGGUUACCUAGGUAAUUCAAGUGAGUUGACUUUGAUUGAUGUGCGAGUGCAAAUGGGAUCAUUACUAGGUGAAACUUUUAAUUGGCUAUGUGAUGAUACUAUGGGAGGUGGUACCCUAACAUUAGUCGGCAGCCAUGUCAUAGACUUGGUUUCGUAUUUAAGUGGUCAGAAAGUUAUGAAGGUUCAUGGUGUCUUAAGAACAUUUGUAGAGGAAACUGCUAAAGUCAAUGGCAUAAGAAAAAUUACAGCACCAGAUUUCUGUACAUUCCAAUUACAAAUGGACAAAGGAUUAUUAGUGACAGCAACAUUGAACAACCAUUUACCGGGGCCCUGUUUCAAUCAGGAAAUCUAUGUGUGCAGUAAAAAUGGCUAUUUAGUUGUUAGAGGGGGUGACUUACAUGGCAGAUUACACAAGACAAAUCCUAAAAGUAUUAUAGAAGAAGAAGGUAAAAGGCCACAUGACAAGGAGGAAGUGAUUUAUGUAGACAUUGAGGACCUGAGUUGUGCAUCCAGUGUAAUUCCAAAGCCUUAUAUUAAAGGACUAUGUAAGAUGAUAAGUGCACUUAAAGAGGCCUUCCUACCUGUCAAGGAACAAAUGGAUUGGAUAAAAGAACCAGUUAAAGCUGCAGCAACGUUUGAAGACGGACAAAGAGUCCAGGCAACUAUGGAAGCUUUGCGUCAGUCUAAUGAAGAUGGCUGUUGGAAGACAGUACAACUAUUAACCGAACCACCUGAUCCAAAUCCAGCAUUAUCUGCUGCAGUGAGGCGUACAGCUAUUUCUCUGCAGUAACCUAGUAUUAAUGUG